AUGGGCAAGCCAAGACGCCACGCUCACGCCGCCGACCAGGAGUCUCUGACCCCUCCCGACCAACUUACCGAUUCGCAAUCCAUUGCGCGCGUCAUCAAGGCCGAGGGCAACAGCAACUACGUCUGCGAGCUGCCCAACAAGAAGACCAUCCUCGUCGAACUCGAGUCGCGCUUCCGCAACACCAUCUGGAUCAAGCGCGGCGGUUAUGUCUUGGUCGACCUGGGUUCCAUGGAGGAGCGCAGCAAGACUGGUAGCAAGGUUGUUGGGGAGAUCAUCAACAUUGUAAGGGACGAGAAGGCUUGGAGGAAGGAGGCUUAUUGGCCCAAGCAGUUUGUCAGACAAACUUACGACGAAAGCGAAGACGAAGAGGAAUCGACUGUUGGAAAGCUCCCGCCUAGCGACUCGGAAGACGAAGAGUACGAGUGA